AUGCAGCCACGAACCGGUUUGCGAAGCCGGACAAGUCUCCCUGAGCCUCCGUUUCCCUUUCUGUCACAUGGUCCUAAGGACCGGCUGGGCUCAAGUCCCGCUGCAGAGAGCGAGCGCGCAGAGCGGGAGGAGCCGCCGCGGCCGCCACGGAGGGAGCCCCGGGACGGCAGCUCCCGGGCGCAGGGUGCGCUCUUCUCCGAGCCCGAGCUGGCGAGACCCGCACUCGGCGAGUGCGACCCCGACAGGCCGGGACUGAACGGACCGUCCGGACGCGGCGAGGCUGCAGCCAGACGACUGGGGAGGGACCGCGCUCUCGGGGUCCCGAGCGGCCGGGCGGAAGCGAAGGAGCAGGUUAGCGGGACAAAGAACUUCUCAGACGCCCCCGGCAUCCUGCGGGGAGAGCGGCCGGGACGCGGAGCCCGUGGAUGUUCUGCGCGCGGCCUGGGAGCCGCCGCCGCCGCCGCCGCCGCGAGAGGAGGAAUGCACCGGCCACGCCGCCGCGGGGCGCGCCCGCCGCUCCUGGCGCUGCUGGCCGCGCUGCUGCUGGUGGCGCGCGGGGCCGCUGCCCAAGAAACAGAGUUGUCAGUCACUGCUGAGUUAGUGCCUACCUCAUCAUGGAACAUUUCAAGUGAGCUCGACAAAGAUUCUUACCUGACCCUGGAUGAACCGAUGAAUAACAUCACCACGUCCCUGGGGCAGACGGCAGAACUGCACUGCAGAGUCUCAGGGAACCCGCCUCCCACCAUCCGCUGGUUCAAAAAUGAUGCACCUGUGGUCCAGGAGCCCCGGAGGAUCUCCUUUCGGGCAACCAACUAUGGCUCUCGGCUACGGAUUAGAAACCUUGACACCACGGACACGGGCUACUUCCAGUGUGUGGCGACAAACGGCAAGAAGGUGGUUUCUACCACUGGAGUCUUAUUUGUCAAGUUCGGUCCCCCUCCCACCGCGAGUCCAGGAUCUUCGUAA